AUGAAUAGCACGAGUGAUUUCUUGGCUGAUUUCCAGCGACGACGACCAGCAAAUUUCAAAAACCACCGGGCACAGUUGGCUCCCAAAGGCGACCUUCAGAUUAGGGGGCCCAUCCCGUUUCACCCACCAUCUCCCAUUUUCUUCCAUAACUGCACGCACCGAGCUGGAUAUCCUUUCGUUGAUCCAAGCAUAUUACCCAGCUUAGGAAACCGACGCGUAUUCCGUUCGGAAUUUAAUGGACGCAUAGUAAACCGUCUUUUGUUGCCUCGCGUGAGGCUCUGGGAAUCAUCUCUUUUUUCACCCACCCUACUCGGGGAGACAAAUAGAAUCGGCUAA